AUGGCCAACUCAACGGCCCGUACGGCCAAACAGAUUCAUGGCACCAAUCCGCAAUUCCUGAUCGAAAAGGUCAUCAGGUCUCGCAUCUAUGACUCACCUUAUUGGAAAGAACAUUGUUUCGCUUUGAAUGCUGCUUCAUUUGUCGAUCGAGCAUUGAACGAUUUGACUUAUAUUGGCGGCACAUAUGGAUUACAAAAGCCAACGCCAUUCAUUUGUCUCGUGUGUAAGUUGCUACAAAUUCAACCCGAUCGUCAGAUCAUACUGGAGUACCUUCGACAUAAACAGUUCAAAUACCUUCGUGCAGUAGCUGCAAUGUACGUCCGACUUACGUUUACCCCUUUAGACGUCUUUGAAACUUUGGAACCACUUUUGAACGAUUACAGUAAGCUACGAUUCAGGCAGAUGAACGGACAGUACACCCUAACGUAUAUGGAUGAAUUUGUAGAUCAAUUACUCAUUGAAGAACGGGUUUGUGAGUUGAUCUUACCCCGACUAACAAGAAGGGAUGUUUUGGAAGAAGUUGAAGGUCUUGUGCCACGCAUAAGCAAGCUAGAAGAUGCGAUGCUAUCAAGCACAUUGCAGAGAGGCGAUCAAGAUAGCGAUGCUAGCAGUGAUGAUUCAGCUAGAGCAGAGCGGGAAGAAAAACAAAAGAGAGUACAAAGAGCAUUAAAGAUUCGGCAGACACGCAAAGAGGAAGAAGAGAGAAGGGCAAGAAUACUCGAAAAUGCCAAAAGUACAGCACGAGCAAAAGAGGAGAGUGGUGAGAGUGAAGGUUCGGAUGAAUUCGGAUCUCAGGAAGAAAGCGAUCAAGAAAGACUCGUCAGCCGUAGCCCUAGUCGAAGCGGCAGCGAAAAGAAUAGAUAUCAAUCUCGCUCACCCAGUCGUAGCCCG